CCCAGUGCCGUCUCUUCGCACAUGAAGCUGGCCCGUGUGCACGUGAGCUCGCCUACCUCAGAGCGGAGGGCCACGCCUCCCUCCUCCCAGUCCAGCUGGAGCCUCCAGAGCCCGGAGGCAGAGCUGGAAGGACCAUCUCCAGAGCUCCCACCAGCUCCAGAGCCAGAGCAAGGGCCAGCUCCAUGGCCGGGCCACUCCAAUUCUAGUUCUACCACCUGUGCUAGAGCUGGAGCAAGUGUCACCUCCAUCAGUACCCCCAGGGCCAGAGCCAUGCCAACAACAGCUCCAGCCCCAGUGCCAGAUCCAGCUGGAGCCCGCUGGACCCUUGUCUCCAGGGAGAACACUUCCUCCAUCUGGAGAGAUUACAUCAGAGCCAUCCAGUCCCAGAGCCCACCUGCCCCGGCUGUGACCACCAAGAGCCUGCUGUGGGAGGAGAAGCCUGACUUCCUGGGUUCCGUCCCCAGCUGAUUGCAGAGCAAUUUACACUGAUGGAUGCGGAGCUGUUCAAGAAAGUGAUCCCCCCCACUGUCUGGACUCCGUCUGGUCCCCAUGGGACAGCAGGGGCAAUGAGCACCUGGCAUGCACCAUCCGUGCCACCAUCACCCAGUUUAUCACAGUGGUCAACUGUGU